UCAACGGAUUGGGUCCCACGUGAACGUUUUUAUUCCCGUUGAUUUUUACGUAACACUCAGUAGAAAGUGGCUGCAGCCAGAAGAAACUGAAGUUGCCAUCAGCAGCAGCGGGUUACUCAACAGCACUGAGGAACCCCUCCAGUGAGUUUCAUAAUUAGGUUGUGUAAGGGCACGUUACGUAUGAGGACUUUAGAAGCCGGCGGGCUACACAUGCAGUUCCUUGCCGCACUGAAAACAUUGAUUUAACCGCCAACUCGAACUGUGAACCAACCAUGAAAACGAACAGGGAGAAAGUAAUUGGAAGUCAAGUAAUUUCAGCCGAACUUGUGGCUGGACUACUGCUCAGCAUGGCGUAUAGGAUGUGUUCCAGUUUGGCUUUUUCCUUAAAGGGGGAAAGCGUCAGUGACGCAAGCGCGCAGUUUGAAGUAACGCGCUCACUCGUGUGUGUGUGGGUUGCCAGUAAUAUUAAGUUCAUUUUCUUCAAAAGCAAUAAACAUCCACUUUCUCUGUCUGCUCAUUGCGUCUCGAGGCUUGUUGCCUUCCUGUCACUGUUGGGAGUCUGCAGAGAGGCACAUAUUCAAGGAACAGACUCCAGACAUCUUCCCAUGGUGGAUGUGGCGGUGUUCUUGUUCUUUCUUCUCAGCAGUUUGAUUCUUUUGAUCUUGGAUCACAAUCAGUUGAAAGGCUCUUUGAAACGAUCUGAACUGCUUCUCACUAAGCCCCAGAGGUUUUUCUUUCAAAUGGAUUUUUUUGCCAACUGCAUUUUUGGCCUCAUGUGGUUGGUUUUUCCAGGAUGGCUUCUUGGGUCACAGAUGAAUGGAUCUGAGGAUAAUCUUUAUCUCACUCGGGCAUUUGGAGCCAUGAUGGUUGGAGACAGCUUUGCUUCUUUUACCACACAGAAACAAAUGGGAACCAAUGAGGUAUCUGUCUUCAGCAGCCGGGCUGUGGGAACUUCGGCGGUUGUCAUCUUCAUGAUCCACACCCAGCUCACCACAUCGGCAUGGAAAAUCCCACAUCUCUGUUUGGGUCUAGUAGGGGUCAGUCUCUGGGCUGGAAACUCCAUCCUUGGCUACCUGAGCUCCAAAGACACGACGACAGAGUCAGUGAAUGAUUUAUACUGGCGUGCUGUACAGAGAAAAGACAGAAGACUUCAUGUUCAAUAGAUAAUUUAUCAUAUGCAGAUUGACAUACAGUAUUAUGACAUCAUUGUGUGAAUUACAAUGGUUUGUUUUUGACAAACUAGACUGUAAAUAUAGUUGUUUGAUGAAAAUAAAUAGAUGUAUUAUUUUGUAAAUAAUGGUUCUUUAUAAUUUGUACUCAUAAAUAUUGUAAACAUUUAAAAUAUUACUUUCAAUAUGCAAUGUAGAUAUGCAAAUAAAGACAGAGUUGUCUGGUGACUUGAACAGCACUUCAUAUAAAGUAAAAGUGCUUUGUCAGCUGCAUAUGAACGGACUCCUUUCACACAUUUAGGUGUCGAGUCAAUCUCCUGCAAUAUGCACUGAACCAUUUGUUUUAUAACUUUGGAUGCAACAUUUAAUGUUCCCACAAACACAAAACUGAAAAUAUAUGAACUGUGCAUCAGAA